AUGCGGGACAUGCUGGAGAGGCUGCGAAAUGUUAGCGAGGAGUUGGAGAACAAUGAAGAAAUGGAAUAUGACGAGAGCAAGCUACCGACAGUUCAAGAGGCAAUCGUCUUUGAGAACUCCUUGGACAUUGAGAGCAUCCUGAAGGAAGCCGAGUCCAUACGCAAGGAGAUUUCCUUGCUCCUCUUGGAGGUGGAGCGCCUGAACAAGAACAAUGAGCGUUUUCGCACCACUGUCCGCCACUUUUCCACAGUCAAGAGGGACUCGGACAACAUCGCCAGGGGGAUCCAGAAGCAAGGCCAACAGCUGCAUACUCGAAUUUUGGCACUGGGUGAGGAAAGCAAGAAGAUGGAGAAAAGGGAGGGGCCCAAGUCAGCUUCCAGUCGCAUUGCUUGUAUGCAAUAUGACUCGCUCAUCCUUGCCUUCCAAGCUGCCAUGGGGAAUUACAACCAGGCGGAGGAAAUGCAGCGGUUCAUUUGCAGGGCGCGAAUCCAGCGGCAGGCCUCCAUAUUAGGGACUAAAAUCACUGACCAGCAACUAGAUGAAAUCGUAGACAAAGGGUGCAAAGGCUGGAGCGAGUUGUCCCAAAGCCUGCCGACCCAAGAGGGCCACUCCUCCCGCUGGGCAAUGAACGAAAUCAAAGACCGACACAAGGAGCUGGUGGAACUGGAGGCCCGGCUCAAGGAAGUCCACGAACUGUUCCAGGAAGUGGCCGCGCUGACGGAAGAGCAGUGCUCCAUGCUCAAUAACAUCGAGGCCAACGUGUCGCACACUCAGCACUAUAUUCAGAAAUCCAUUGUCGACAUCAACAGGGCAAAACAAAUAAACUAA